AUGCCUGGUCUUACAGCAGAAGAAGAGAGAUUGAAAGAUAUCAAGUACAGACAAUGGGGUCCCUAUGUUUCGGAGAGGUCUUGGGGAACAGUGAGAGAGGAUUACAGUGCCGAUGGGAAUGCGUGGGACUCGUUCAGGUUCGAAGAUUAUGCCCGGGUAUCACGUUGGUCACAGGAUGGAUUGGCGGGUGUUUCCGACCGGAGGCAAUUGGUCAAUUUGACCAUGGCCUUGUGGAAUGGGAAAGACGACAUUUUGAAGGAGAAAUUGUACGGGUUGACUAACAACCAGGGAAACCACGGUGAAGACGUUAAGGAGUUGUACUACUAUCUCGAUAACACCCCGUCGCACUCGUACAUGAAGUACUUGUACAAAUACCCCCAGGGCAAGUUCCCCUACGAGCAAUUGAAGGAGGAAAAUGGCAAAAGAUCGAGGUUGGAGAGGGAAUACGAGAUCACCGACACGGGCUUGUUUGACAAUAACGAGUAUUUCGACGUUGUUUUUGAAAGUGCCAAGGACUCGCCCGAUGACUUGUACUUUAGAAUCACCGCCUAUAAUAGAAGCGACAAGCCUGCUCCCUUGCACAUCUUGCCCAACUUGGUGUUGAGAAACACCUGGCAUUGGGGUAUUGAAGACUCCCAAAACGAAGAGAAGCCGCACUUGAAACAGAUUGACGAUUACACAAUUGAAGUUGAAACUUCGAAAUUUGGCAAAAGGUACUUGUCGUUUGCUCCCUCGCCUGGCGUAACCGAUGACUCGCCCGAUGUCGAGCCCCAGUUGAUUUUUUCCGACAAUGAAACCAACACUAUGAAAUUGUACGGCCAAAAAAAUGAAAAUAAGUACACCAAGGAUGCCUUCCACGAGUUGGUUGUUCACGAUAACAAGGAAGCGGUGAACCCGGACAAGGAAGGGACCCAGGCGGCAGCGUGGUAUGUCUUUGACGAGAAUGGGGGAGUUCCACCGGGGGAUUACGUGACCAUCCGGUACAAAUUCACCAAGGAAAACAGCGAAGUUGACGAGUACAAGUUGGACCAGAUUUUCAGUAAGCGUCAGAAUGAAGCCGACCAGUUUUACUGGAAGGUGUCGCCGUUGCCAAUUAGUGACGAGUUGAGACGGAUUCAAAGAUAUGCCUUUGCCGGUCUCUUGUGGUCGAAGCAAUUUUACCAUUUUGUUCACAACUAUUGGGCCUACGGUGACCCAAACACGAUGAGACCUCCCGUAAACAGAGCCAAUGGUAGAAACAAAGAGUGGAGCCAUUUGUACGUUGACGACAUCUUGUCACUUCCCGAUAAAUGGGAGUACCCCUUUUUCGCCGCUUGGGACACGGCGUUCCAUUGCAUUCCCUUUGCCAUGAUUGACCCGUGGUUUGCCAAAAACCAGAUUGACUUGUUGACUAGGGAAUGGUAUAUGCAUCCAAAUGGGCAAAUCCCGGCCUAUGAGUGGAACUUUAGCGAUGUCAAUCCUCCCGUGCACGCGUGGUCCGCAUACAGAAUCUUCAAAAUUGAAAGAAAGAUGUAUGGACGUGAGGAUAUCGACUUUUUGGAAAAAGUUUUUCAAAAAUUGAUGCUCAACUUUGCAUGGUGGGUCAAUAGGAAAGAUGCCGAUGGCCACAAUGUGUUUGAAGGAGGCUUUUUGGGGUUGGAUAACAUUGGGGUAUUUAACCGGUCCGAGGCCUUGCCAACUGGAGGGAGUUUGGAGCAAGCUGACUCCACUGGAUGGAUGGCUUUCUUUUCCUUGCAGAUGUUGAACAUUGCGUUGGAGUUGGCAAAGACUAGACCAGUUUAUGAAAAUAUUGCAUCUAAAUUUUUUGAGCAUUUUGUCAUUAUUGCCGAUGCAAUGACAUUUAGAGGCGCUGAAGGUGAUGAAGGAUCGACGAAAAACUCGUUGUGGGACGAAAAUGAUCAGUUCUACUAUGAUGCUAUUCGAUACGGAGACCACUACACGCAGUCGUUACCGGUGAGAUCCUUAGUUGGCUUGAUCCCACUUUACGCUUCGUUGACUUUGGAGCCCGAGUUGUUGGAUAGAUAUCCAUCUUUUAAAAAGAGACUCAACUGGUUCCUUGAGCAUAGGAAGGAUAUGGCAGGAAGAAACAUUGCCUCGAUGGAAGCACGGGGUGUUGGUGAGAGGUUGUUGUUGUCGUUGGUGUCAAAGGAAAGACUUGUUGCCAUCUUGCACAGAAUGUUGAAUGAAGAUGAAUUUUUGUCCCCCUAUGGUAUCCGGUCCAUGUCCAAAUACCACAAGGAUCAUCCAUUUGUGAUGGAAGUUAACGGGGAGACUUUUAAAGUUGAAUAUUUGCCAGGCGAGUCUGACUCGGGUAUGUUUGGUGGUAAUUCAAACUGGAGGGGUCCCAUUUGGUUCCCCACCAAUUUCCUUCUUGUUGAAGCAUUGCAGAGGUUCUACUUGUACUAUGGCCCCGAUUUGAAAGUUGAAUGUCCCGUUGGCUCGGGCGAGUAUUUGAACUUGGCUCAAUGCGCUCAGGAGAUCCAGCAUCGUAUGAUCCACUUGUUCUUGCCUGACGAGUCCGGCAACAGAGCCUGUAAUGGAGACGACAAGUUAGUCAACACCGAUCCGUACUUCAAAGACUAUGUUCCAUUUUACGAGUACUUUGACGGUGACACUGGAAGAGGGUUGGGAGCUUCUCAUCAAUGUGGCUGGACUGCAGUGGUUGCCAAGUGGAUCCACGAUAACGGUGUCACGUGCAGGAUACCAAAAACGCCUAGAACGCCGCUUAAGAAGAAGGGCAGCUCGAGUUUGCUCCAUGACUCUGAAGCCUCGGAUGAACACAUUCAAAAAUUCAUACCCAAGUCCGGUCCAUUUUCAGGUAAGCUUGUGAGAAGAAAGUCCGGGAAAUCCUUGCUCAAUCUCACGGUGCAUGCGUUGGAUCUCGACAACGACGAAGAGGAGUCUCAGACCAGAGCUACGUUGGCCAGAACCGUGACCGGGUUAGACCACGGGGUCAAUGUCACGGACGAAAUAUUGAAGCGAGAAUUGACUGAAAUUCAAAGAACACAAUCGGGUGCUUCUGUAGAUUCCGAGUUUGAAGUUGACGAUAGUCUUUUGGACCAGGUCAAGGCUGCUUUUAAGAAAUACAAAUCGAGAACUGAAGAAGAUGAGGUAUCUGGUGAUGAAUUUGAAACUAGAUGCUGA